AUGACUAUAGGCGCGGGGUGGAUGUCAACGGUGACCCAACUCAACGCCCUUGGUGGUCCAGAGUCAGAGAGUCGGAAAAUUGUUCAGAGCUUUGCAGAGGUACUUGGUGACAAGUACCACUACGAGAAUGCCAUCGACAGCUCUCUGCUCUGGACUGUUGGGUACACCCCCUACAUUCCCCCAGCUCUGAAAGGAAGAAGCUUCCCUUCUGUCGAGAGCUUCUUCCUGGAUGAGUGGGAGCCACUGACACUCCUGCAGACUUCUCAGGUUCUGUCCACCAGUGUUUCCAUCGAGGAAGACAACCGGAUCCAUGUUUCCAUCGAGGAAGACAACCUGAUCCAGUCUGCUGCAGGCCUAGUGUCUCAGGUUCUGUCCACCAGUGUUACCAUCGUGGAGAAUGACCUGAUCCAGUCUGCUGCAGGCCUAGUGUCUCAGGUUCUGUCCAGCAGUGACGCUAGAGUGAAGGAUCGUGAUGAUUCCACACUGAGAGACUCCAACCAACCUGAGGUCCAUGUGGCUGAUGUCUCAACCAAGAGAAGUAGACUAGUCAUCACUAUUUCUAUGUUUUCAACCGAGAGUUGCAAUGCUUCGGUCCAUGAGGUUGAUGCUAUUGCUACCAGCCUGGAGCACUCUGCUGAGAAAAUGUCUACCUCUACCGCUGAUGGCCACAUUGUUUCAUCCACUGCUGUAGCCAAUCAGAAGGAAACAAGGGGCGGAUUCGUCUCAUCUCUACGGAGACUGUUCACAAGAAAGAACAGGAUGCCUGCUAAAGUGGCUUCCAAGAAGGAGCACAUUCACUUGGUUGACCGCCUCAAUGCUGAAGUCACCCACUGAGGGCACUCACUCACUGCUGAAGGCAUCCAGAAUGAUGCUUCUGUUUCUCCUCAACGCCACCUACACCCCUGCCCCUCUCCCCCACACCAAACCCUACCAGGGUUGGGGUGAAUUCCAGAUAUAUUCAGUCAAUUCAGCAAGUCAACUAAAAUUCCAAUUCCAAUUGUUUCUCAUAGGAGGCAAUGAGGUAAAUUUGAAUUGCUAUUGGAAUUUCAGUUUACUUACUGAAUUGACUGAAUUGAAAAUGAAUUGACCCCAACCCUGAUCCCUAAGCCCCCACCCCAUCCAUUUCUAUCUUCAGUAAACUUUGUAGAAUUUUAUUUGAAUGUGUUUUGGAUCUUCAUUAAAACCCACAAUACAUCUCUAAUGAGGGUCACUCAUGUUACACAUCUAGAUUUAUCAUCAAAUAUCGUAGAAUUCAACAACAAAUGCAGUGGUUUAGCAGUUCAACUU